AUGUCUCCACCACCACAGUUCUGUCUCCCGUUUGGUAAAGGCUCAAAGCAGCUCGCCACGCUCGCCACCCACCAUCCAAACGACUCUGCGUCGACUGCAACACUGACGUCGAUGACCUCUGCUGCCACGAAACUUCAAUUCACAGACGACACAGAGUCCUACAUGGUCGCUCCACCACACCCGCCCAUGCCGUCACGCUCGACGUCUGCGGGCACCCUCGAAAAGCCGCGGACACCUGCGCGGAUGUGGACGUGGAAGAAGCACGCAGAGAGUACAUCGACGCUCGUCAGCGAUGAACACAACUUUAAGAAGAUGGUAGACGAGCCCGUAGAGGUCAAGGAUACCGCCCCUCGGCUCGCCGCAUUACGCAAGAAGAUGAUGGAAGAGAGUAUCGAUUAUUUUGUCAUUCCCUCUGAAGAUGGUCAUCUCUCGGAAUAUGUCGCUGAUUCGGACAAGCGCCUAUACUGGAUAUCUGGCUUUACCGGAUCAGCGGGCACCGCAAUUGUAUCUAAGCGAUCAGCCUAUCUAUUCGUCGACUCUAGGUACUGGAGCCAGGCCGAGCGAGAGCUCGACGCCAACUGGACCAUUCACAAGACGGGCACCCCCGAGAUCAAAGACUGGCUCGAAUGGGCAAUUACAUGCCCCCGAGGCAGCAAGAUUGGCAUCGAUUCGCGCAUGAUCUCCCACGAGAAAGCCACUCGUCUCUACAAGGGUCUCUACGAUCGGGGCAGCAAGCUCGCCCACCCGCGGCAGAAUCUCGUCGAUCUCGUCUGGGAGGACCGGCCAAAGCGACCAAAGGAUCCAGUCUAUGUUCAACCCGACCGAUUCACGGGCAGAGACGCCAAGACAAAGUUGGCGGACAUACGCAAGUGGAUUCGAAAGCAGAAUGCGGCUCUGGGCAAGGAAAAGGGUGGCAUUACUCGCUCGGCAUCGUCAGCAUCGACCGCAGCCAAGCAAGCCACUGCUGCCGCCCAGACGCAUACCAAGGAUCCCAUCAAGCGUUCGAACACGACUCCACCGCACCAAACGGGCAAGGCUUCGACGCCAACACCAGCCUCGGCGGUCCCCACCCGGUUGACUGGCCCACCUGGUGUCAAGCGUAGCAAUUCGAGCCCGACCGCACCUGGGCCGACCGGUCCCGACAAGAUGUCAUGCAUGUUCAUCUCCGACUUGGCUUCCAUUGCCUACACGCUCAACCUGCGUGGCAGCGACAUUCCCUUCAACCCCGUCUUCACUGCCUAUCUCCUCGUCGGGGUCGAUGGCAAGAAUAUUCUCUUUGUGGAGAGCGAAAAGUUGCCUGCCGAAGUGCGCGAAUACCUUCGCGAGCUCGGUGUGUCGCUCAAGGACUACUCUGAGGUGUGGUCGUUCCUGCGCCAGAAACAGUGGGGAGAGGGCAAGGUUGUGAUCAAUCCAAACACUCCCUACGCUGUCUCGCUCAUCAUUGGCUCGGCUCGCUACGUCGUGUUGCCCGCCUAUGUCGAAGAGAUGAAGGCCAUUAAGAAUGAGGUCGAGAUUGAGGGCAUGCGCAUGGCCUAUAUCCGUGAUGGUGUGGCCAUGGUCCGCUGGUUUGCGUGGCUCGAUCAAAAGUUUUCACAAGGCUACGAAAUCACCGAAUGGGAAGCUUCGGAGAAACUCAACGCGUUCCGCGAGGACGAGUUGAGGGCGCCAGACGAGAUUCAGAUGUACAUGGGUCUGGCGUACGAGAAUAUUGUCGCUACAGGCUCCAAUGCGGCACUGGUUCACUAUCACCCGACGCGCAGUAAUAGCAAAGUCAUUUCGAGGACGGAACCAUUCUUGGUCGACUCUGGUGGACAAUACAGAGAUGGCACGUGUGAUACGACGCGGACGGUUCAUUUUGGAUACCCGACCGUCGAACAAUCCGAGGCGUUUACCCGUGUUUUGCAAGGGCAUAUGGCAAUUGAUACUGCCAUUUUCCCUGCUGGUACGUCUGGAUCGCAACUCGACGUGCUCGCGCGCAAGGCGCUGUGGCGUGAUGGGCUCAAUUAUCUCCAUGGUACGGGCCAUGGAAUCGGUAGCUUCCUCAACGUUCACGAGGGACCACACUCGUUCCAGUCGACUACGCCCCUUCAGCCUGGACACAUUAUCACCAACGAGCCUGGGUACUACAAGGAUGGCGAGUUUGGAAUCCGCAUCGAGUCGGCUUUGCUCGUCAACGAAGUGGAGACGAAGCACCAGACCGGCGAGACAUUCCUUGGGUUUGAGCGCCUUACACAGGUGCCUAUCCAGAUGAGAAUGGUCCGCGCCAGCAUGCUCACCAAGGAGGAGAGGCAGUGGAUCAAAGAUCACAAUAAUCGUGUACGCAAGGUUCUCGAACCCUACAUUGCCGAGGACAAGCGCGCGCUCAAAUGGCUCCGACGUGAAUGCCAAAAGGGCUUUGGAAAUGAAGGCAAAGGCUCUGCGGGCCUUUCCAUCGAAUGGGACUAG